AUGGGAUGCUGUUUUUCAUCAGACGAUGAUGAAACUUUAAAGCGACCCUUGCUAAAAGCUGACCCAAGCAGCAUUAUAACCCACUAUCCAUCUCCUUCCCAGCUAACUCCUGAAGAUUUUAAAGCAAUCAAGCUCCUCGGCAAAGGGUCUUUUGGAAAAGUUCUUCUCGUAACCAAAAAAGGUACAAGCAAUUACUAUGCUAUGAAGAUUUUGAAGAAAAAAGUUAUAGAAAAGCGAAAGCAAAGGACGCAUACGCUGAAUGAGAAAAAAAUCAUGGAAAAAUCAAACUGCCCUUUUAUAGUCCAAUUGAAAUAUUCUUUCCAAACUAAAGACAAGCUCUAUAUGGUCAUGGAAUAUAAUCUUUAGCUUAAUUAUUAGCCAGGCAUUAGGAAAUUUAACCAAAGAAAAUAUUAGUGCUUAUAGGGCACAUUUAAGGUAAAAAAUAUAUAUGAGUGGCGGUGAGCUUUUCUUUCACCUCAAAAAAUGUGGACGAUUCACUGAAGAAAGAGCCCGAUUUUAUGUCGCUGAAAUUCUCCUGGCCUUUGAAUAUUUGCAUAGCCAUGGAAUAAUUUACCGAGACCUAAAGCCAGAAAACAUAUUACUUGACUACGAUGGGCAUAUAAAAAUCACUGAUUUUGGGCUCAGCAAGCUAGGACUUUCCUCUUCAAACCCCAAAGCUUUUACCUUCUGCGGGACGCCUGAGUACCUCGCCCCAGAAAUCCUUAAAAAUCAAGGGCACGAUAAAAAAGUCGAUUUUUGAAGCCUCGGGGCUCUUCUUUACGAAAUGCUAUCAGGCGCUCCUCCAUUUUAUUCAAAAAAUAGAAACGAAAUGUAUAAAAACGUGUUAAACAAACAAGUAGAAAUGAAGCCACAUUUUUCUAAUGAGGCCAGCGAUUUUUUAUUAAAACUGUUACAAAUAAACCCAGAAAAUAGACUUUCGGAUAUGGAAGAAAUCAAAAAACACCCAUUUUUUAAAGGGCUGGACUGAGAUGAGCUAGCUCAUAAAAAUUAUGAUGCACCUUUUAAGCCAAGAGUGUCAAAUUCUACAGAUGUAAGAAAUUUUGACCCGCAGUUUACGUCAGAGCCUCCAGAGGAUUCGUGCGACUCGACUGUGUCUCAGGAUCCUUUGGUUAAUAAAUACCCAGAUUUUACGUAUAUAGGCCAUGAUGAGCUUUAUGCUGAGGAAUAA